AAAAAAAAAAAACUCGUAGGAUCCGGUGACUCCAGAGACUUCCGGGCAAUCUCAUUUCUGGGCUAUAAGGGCCCAAUGAUAGAUAUAGCCCAUACCAAUUUCCUUCCUGCGAGAGGAGGUGUCACCUUCCUAUUGAAUUUUGACGGGAAUACAAAAGUGGAGAAAAGCAAAUUGUAGGGGAAGAUCAGUGGGAACUGAAGAUCUGUGAGGUUAUUCCGCUUGUGGUCUGUUUGUUGAAUCCCUCGACCUGAAAGCUUCAUCGAUGGACUCUUCUUCGAAUUUGGAUCCACUUCCCGAAGAUAUCUCCGACGAAGAACCAAUAGAAGCUCCGGCGUCAGUCUUCGCCGCUCGACCUGUUCGUCCUCCUUCCACGGGCUCUUCGGAGAAGUAUUCGCCUGUAGAGUGGACAAGCUAUUUUGACAAAGAAGACGAUAUAUCAAUCCCUGGCUCAGAGGAUGUCUUUCACGUAUAUAUGGCAGGAAUAGAAGGUCCUGUUGUCUUUUGUCUCCAUGGAGGAGGCUACUCUGGGCUCUCGUUUUCUAUAGUGGCUAGUAAAAUCAAGGAGAAAGCACGUGUGGUUGCGAUGGACUUGAGAGGGCAUGGUAAAUCGGUUUCAGAGAAUGAACUGGACUUAUCUCUAGAGACAAUGAGCAAUGAUGUUUUGGCUGUGAUUAAGGAAUUGUAUGGAGACUCUCCUCCAGCUAUUGUGCUAGUUGGUCACAGCAUGGGAGGUUCGGUCGCUGUGCAAGUUGCUGCAAACAAAGUAUUGCCUAGCUUGGCUGGGCUUGUGGUUGUGGAUGUUGUUGAGGGUACUGCUAUUGCCUCAUUGAUUCACAUGCAAAAGAUCCUUUCAAAUAGAAUGCAACAUUUUCCCAGCAUCCAAAAAGCAAUUGAAUACAGCGUUAGAGGAGGGUCAUUAAGAAACAUUGAUUCUGCUCGUGUCUCCAUCCCAACAACUCUCAAAUACGAUGAUUCAAAACAGUGCUUUGUUUACCGGACGCAUCUAGUGGAAACAGAGCAAUAUUGGAAAGGCUGGUACGAAGGUCUCUCAGAGAAGUUUUUGUCAUCUCCUGUUCCAAAACUCUUGCUAUUAGCUGGAACUGAUAGGUUGGACAGGACCCUCACAAUUGGUCAAAUGCAAGGAAAGUUUCAGAUGAUUGUGGUCAAACACACCGGACAUGCCAUACAGGAAGAUGUACCGGAUGAGUUUGCGAAUCUAGUUCUGAAUUUCAUAUCACGUAACAGGAUUGGGGCUCAUGGUGUUGAGAUACCAGGAAUGUGGAAACCUUCACAGCCUAAGACUUGAUUCAGCUAUAUCACCGGACAUUGCCAAAGUCAUCGUGUGGUUUUCACUUGUUUUGUUUCGCUUUUGUCAGCUCAUGCAUAACAGAUUAACAACUUUAGCUUGUUCGAUAGGAAGAAAAGAAAAAUUAAGAAGAGUCAAAAAGAUAAAAUAAAAUCACCUCUAGCAUUUUCUAAUUUUUAUCUCUAUUAAAUCAAUAUGGAAGCUUAUGGUCUAACUGGUACAUGAGGAUGGAACUCUUGACUUGAAGGU